CUAAUUACUUUAGUUACAUACGUAGUUACAUACGUAGUUGGUACUCAGUAAGUUUUUCGCUGCACGCGAGUACUGAUCUAUUCGACGCACAUAACAACAGUGGAAACUGCAUUCGGGAUAUAAUUCUCUCUGCGAUUUCUGAAAAUUUAAUAUCUAGCAAUCGUGUCGCAAAUUUGGAUUUACGGAAAAUUCUCAGGUUCCUGGCUAAAAGAGUUGUAUAAUUAGUCGUGGUCAUCUAAUUGUUUCAUUAAAAAAUGAAGCUCUACUGGAUUAUCCUGUUUGGAUUCGUGAUAUCUAUCCCAGACGUAUUUACUGCAACGACCAACGACACUUGCAAUCCAGAUGAUUGGAUCCUCACGAAUACGACGCUUAACUGGACCAAUAAUACCAAGUUAAUCACGGGAAACAUCGCUUACAAUUCGUGUGCGAACUGCUCGGUGUACGCAAUACGUAUCGAAAUAAGUGAUUGCGUGAAUCGCACCACGUGUUAUGGACAACCGAUGGUGGGGGUCGACAACGUCAAUUGCAACAGCAGCAAUCUCUCAAAUUCGGAUCUCGAAGCUUGCAAGAUUGCGCAGGAAGUGGGAACGCUAGAACAGCAACAGGAAUGGAUAACUAAUGCGAACGCACAAUUGGGUACACAAGGGUUAUACACACAUGUGUUCUGUAUUGACACGUCUAAUGCAAGUUCUGAUGGCGAUGGAUCGGAUAAACAGGGCAAAUAAAUUAGGUAAAAAGGCUAAAAAAAAGAUAAUGAUUCGAAAUAAAAAGAUAAAUUCAUCAAAAAUAAAUUAGAUGAGUCAAAUAAAUCGGAUACUCAAAUCAAUCAAAAAGUCAAAUCAGAAACGUUAAUUUAAUAAUUUCGCAGAAACUAAAAAUUAAAAACACUUUUUGAGACAUAUCGUAUCUUUUACAUAUGAUCACUAUCGUUUAAUUAAACUUAUGUACGUACAUAUUUUUAAAAUUAUAUACAUACGUUAUAAGAAAAAUACUAUUAUAGCACACAUAUUUAAUCACAUUAAUACUUAAUACUUAAAAUCCGAACGAUAAUGCACAUCGCAUCUUUCAUAUGUAGCGAUUUUAUGUAUGUCAAGAAAGUUAUGUAUAUUGAAAUAAAUCGCACAUUUAAAGCUUA